CAGGGCUCGGGGCUCCCGGGUCCCAGUGCGCAGGCGCGGUCUGCGGCCCGAGGCCCACGCGCGGCGCGAUGCCGGCGGCGCACGUCGCCCGGGUGCGGGCGCUGUACCGGCGCCUCCUGCUGCUGCACCGCGCGCUGCCCCCCGACCUCAAAGCCCUGGGCGACCAGUACGUGAAGGACGAGUUCAGGCGACAUAAGGCGGUGGGCGCGGACGAGGCCCGGCGGUUCUUGCAGGAAUGGGAGGCAUAUGCAGCAGUGCUAUCACAACAAGCUAAUGAAAACAGCCAAAAUUCAACUGAAAAGGCAUGUUUUGGAGCCGUCCUACCAGAAGAGAAACUUAAUGACUUUCGUGAUGAACAAAUAGGACAGUUGCAGGAACUGAUGCAAGAAGCCACUAAACCCAAUAGGCAAUUUAGUAUUUCCGAAUCAAACAAACCAAAAUGUUAGUCUGUACAAUAAAGCUUAACAAAGCAUUUCAAGUUCAGGACCCCUUAUUUUAAUUGUCAUUGGUUUUUAAAAAUGUAUCAAGUUUUUAGGUUUUGAGAGUGCUUGGUGUUAAUGAAAUAUGUAUUUUUUUGUUUGGGAAUGUUUUUUGUUGUCUGCAGUGAAUGGAUCAGCUCAUCAGUGGACAGAAUUUUAGAUUAUUAAAGUAAUUAGCAGCACUUGCUGGAUGGGAUUUGGUUUUUGAACUAAAUAAGGAAGAACCGGUGGAAACUGGACAAACCUUUUGACAACUGUAGAACUGUCAAAAAAUUUUGGAUAUAUAAAUUUGUUUUUAAUGCU